UAGAGAGGGAGAAGGGGACAGAUUGCUAGCCAGCUAGCUUGGAUACUAACGAUUAUAGAAACGUGGAUAUGUUGCACAGGGGCGGGUUUAUUUCAUAAAACCCCAUAUUGGAUACCUAUUUUUCGCGAAGAGGCCUGGACCGGUCGUUUUUAACUUAACAAUCGGACAUUUUUGCUUUUGAUUGUAGCUAAACAUCGCGCGGUGUAGCCACCACAAUACAGCAGCGCCAGCCGGAGUCCGUCUCCUAAACAAGAAUGGGGUCUAGGUCCACAGCACUGCUUAGGUAAAGUGACCUUUGGUUGUAUUCUAUAAAUGGCCAAUUUGAUGAAUUACCAAGAAAACAAAGCCGCUAUGUUGUUGGUGGAGACGCAACAGAGGGGCAUCGGGACGACACCAGCGGCUACGGCAGCCAACGGCUACACCUCAAUUGGGGAACCCCCUUCCCCCUUAUUGAAUAUCUGCGGUGGCAGUGGAGCUCGUUUUCAUCAGCACAUGCCGCCCUCCAACCACCACAGCCACCAUCACUAUCCCCAGAGCUCGCUGCCCAAAGAACAACGCCCGCUGUUGCACCACUAUCCGGCGGCGACACAGCAACAGCAGCAUACUCUCUCUGGUGAAAACAUCCCAGGGUCCCCGGUAAGGAAAGCCUCGUUGUCGUCUUUGAACCUGGUACAUGAGGACCCCUCUGCUAGCCACCACGCACUCGCUGCAUCGGUGAACGCGGCGUCGGCUGCAAUUCAAUUGGCUGCGAAUGCUAACGUUAGCGUCGCUACCUCAGGGGUCAUGGACGACAUUCGGAAGUGUGGCUACCUACGGAAACAGAAGCAUGGACACAAGAGAUUUUUCGUUCUGAGGGUGGCGAGCCACCUAGGCCUCAGCCGGCUGGAGUACUAUGACAGCGAUAAAAAAUUCCGCAGUAGCCUGCGGUCUUCAGCAGCAGCCCCGAAACGAGUGAUCUAUCUGUAUCAGUGCUUCACCGUCAACAAAAGAGCGGAUUCCAAGAACAAACACCUCAUAGCCCUCUAUACUAAGGAUGAGUACUUUGCCAUUGUGGCUGAAAACGAGCAGGAGCAAGAGGACUGGUAUGUAGCCCUGAGUGAACUAAUGAGUGAGGGGAAAAAGGGGCAUCUAGACUCUGACGAGUUGGAUGAUGGCUAUGGUACAGUCACACCAGGUACGGUUUUCAAAGAGGUGUGGCAGGUGAAUGUGAAACCCAAAGGUCUGGGUCAGACCAAGAACCUCACAGGUGUGUAUCGUUUAUGCCUCUCUUCUAAAACUAUCCAUCUGGUCAAACUAAACUCUGAGACACCGUAUGUCAACCUCCAGCUAAUGAACAUCAGACGAUGUGGACACUCAGAAAGCUUCUUCUUCAUCGAGGUGGGUCGGUCAUCCUCCAUAGGACCAGGGGAGAUAUGGAUGCAGGUAGAUGACUCUGUCGUGGCUCAGAACAUGCACGAGACCAUCUUAGAGACCAUGAAGGCUCUGAAGGCCUUCGUAGAGAUCCGCCCUAGGAGUAAAAGCCAAUCAUCGGGCUCCAACCCCAUGGCGUUCAUCACCACCCGCCGUCACCUAGGCAACCUGCCACCGAGCCAGACUGGUCUCCAGCGCCGCUCCCGGACCGAGUCGGCGGUCGGUACGCCACCAUCGAGUAAGAGCUCCGGUGCCAGUGGCUACCGCUUCAGGACGUCAAGUGAAGGCGAAGGGACGAUGAACCGGCCAUUCCGGUCCGUUACCGGCAGCCUGAUCCACCUGAACACCGCCCGGAUACACCUAGGGCGCCAGGAGGGUGGGGGAGGGGCAGGGAACACCGGGGGAGGAGGGCGCUACGCCAGGGCGCUACCGGGCUCCAACUGCCACACCCGCUCCGCCUCGCUCCCCGUCUCCCACUUCUCCUCCACCACCUCCCCCGUUAGUGUGUCCAGCAGCAGCGGUCACGGCUCAGUCUCUGACACCCUCACCCGGCCCUCCAGCUCGUCCAUAUGCGGCUCCCCCUCUGACGGAGGCUUCAACUCUUCAGACGAGUACGGCUCAAGCCCCGGAGACUUUCGCUACUUCCGAGUCCGUAGCAACACACCCGAUUCGCUGGGCAACACCCCACCAAUCAGAGAAGAGAACUGCCUGAGUGACUACAUGGCCAUGGGCUGGCACCGCGAGGUGUUUGGAGCGGGCGGCGUGAGUAGCUCUGGCGGUGCCGAGGCCCCCCACCGGGACGAGAGCACGUCGACAGACGAAGACCGGUCUCUGAGGCGACGGACACACUCGUUCACGCGGCCCGGGAGUCAGGGUGGAGUUGCCGGCGGUAGCAGCUGCGUGGCUGUGUACCAGAAGAUGACCCAGACCACCUUCUCACAGGACGAGUUGGUGUCUGUGGAAGAGGCUCUGUCUCUGGGCCGCACCGGCAGCAGCAACCAACCUUCCUCCACAUCGUCCUCCCUCCGCUCCGACUACAGCUCCUGCUCCGAGCACAGCCAGGGCAGACCCCCUCUUUCCUCCUACCCCUCCUCCUCGGCCAAGGAGGACAGUGGCUAUAUGCCCAUGUUGUGUGGGGUGGCAGCCUCACCCCGUGACACCCCGGAUUACAUGCCUAUGCAACCUAGCUCCCACUCUCAUCCCCAUCACCACUCUCUCUCACACCCUCCCCAGCCCUCCCACUCCCCCCAGGCCUCUAGCCCAGCCCUGGCCCCACGCUCGGCCCACCAGCUCCAUCCCCACCAGCCUACAGACCCCCAGGGCUACAUGAUGAUGCUACCAGGGGGACUGAGCUCCUCUUCUCCAGUCCAGGCCUCCCCAAGUCCCCGCAGCAGUAGCAGUAACAUGGGUCUGGGUGUCGCUAGUUCUGGUAGUAUAGUGGAGCGGCCUGAGACUGGAGAGUACAUGGACAUGUCGUACAGCAGUGGAAGAGGGAACGCGACAGGAGGACGGAAGCUCUCCAACGAGGGAGGAUACUACACACUGAGCAACCCUGAAGGUAUCCCUAAAUCAUACAGUCCCUACUUCUCCCUGCCUCGCUCCUACAAGGCCCCCGUCGCCAGAGAUGGUGAACAGAGAAAAUGGGAGCAUGAGGAAUACGUGCCUAUGAGCUCCCCAGCUAAACCCAUCUACUCCCAGGUCACUGGUGUUACGACAAAGGGUUUCAGUAGUGGGGGGUCAGACACCCCUCACGCCCACCACCCCCCGCCCUACGGUGCCCACCACCAAGUAGCUCGAGGUGACUGCCGAACGACUGCGGUUCGGCCCAACCGCCUCCCCUUGGGCCGCCACAGCUUCCAUGGGUCGCUGAGUGUUAGUGAGCCAGCUGCUGCCGAGGGACCCUCCAGCCCCGGCGAGUACAUCAACAUCGAGUUUGGGGAUCCCUACGGACCCCCCACAUCCUGCCCUCUCUCUGACCAGUACGUCUCACCCUCGAUGGGCUCCGCCGAGCAGUGUCACUCCCCUCCCCAGAACCAGGACUAUAUGAGUGUAGAGGUUGGAGGUGGGCGUGAUGAUGGUUGCCGCCUGACUAAGAACCAGUCCCCCAGACCCUCUCUGGUGGCCCCAUGGAACCCACCCAGCUACAUUCGACCGCCGACCGCCAAUUCCUCCCUGAGUGGAGCUCCUGGCUCUUCUGGAGCUCACUGGCGGACGGGAACAGAUGACUACACAGAUAUGACCUUUAACCUUAGCAAGGAUGAGGGGUCGCGGGGGUCACAGAGUAGCCCCACAGCUAUGCUACAGCACCUGUGUGUGAUGGAGGGCCGGUACCCCCCUACCUUACUCCCCCACACCAUCAGCCCUCCCUCAUCCUUCAGCCCCCAGCCUGAGCCCCCCAAAGUGGUACGUGCUGACCCCCAGGGGCGACGCAGACACAGCUCUGAAACCUUCUCCUCCACCCCCGGAGGAGGCAGAACCACAAGCUCCAGCACCGGCACCAAUCCCCUCUCGGGCUCAGCCAACCCCUCGGCCAUCAACGGAGCUCUCCUGGCCGAGGGCUCCAAGUGGGCCAGCUCUGGCUCCUUUGACAGCGUGUGGAUGUGUGUGGAGGGGAUAGGGGUAGAUUUGGCCGGUUUUCCUGCCCAGCCAGGGCCCUCUGAUCUGGGCAUGGACUCAGCCUCCUCUGGGGGCCCUCCUGGAGGACAUAUGUGCAGAAAUGUGUCUGUGGGAUAUCAGAAUGGCCUCAACUACAUUGCCCUGGAGCUGAGAGAGGACCAGGAAUCUAACACACUCCCCAUACCGCAGCAGCAGGGGGGAACCGGGCUGACCCCCAAUGCCCCCUCAGCUGGUAAUGUGACUGUGCCGGUAGUGGAGAACAACGGCGCCUAUGCCAGUAUAGACUUCACCAAGUCAGACGGGAUGACUGCCACGUUCACGGAAUAAAGCUGGAUGGAGGGAUCUGAUCUGAGAUGGGGUUUCUGUGGUGUACCCCUCUAACUAAAUCCCUCCACCGCCACCCUUUGACCUCGACCCCAAGGCUGGCCCUCCGCCACCACCCUUCAACCUUGACCCCAAGGCUGGCUCACAAGGUCACGCCCCCUUUGAACCACAACACCACGAAGACUGUAGAAGAUGAAGACUGAAGGCGCUCGCAUUUUAGUCUUUAUAUAUAUAUAUAUAUUAUUUUUUGUGUUUUUUUUUUCGUCAGUGGCUGGUUUUGAGGCUGCUCUCUCUCGUCGUUAAAGGACUUUAGAUAUAAAAACAUUAUUUCUGAUUAUUUCUACAGCACAAAAAGGGAGCUUCGCUCAAACAUGGUAUCGCUGUAAGAUAAUAAUAAUAAUAAUAAUAGCCAAAUAAUAAUACAACUCUUAGACUGGGUUGAGACUGGUCAGUAGAGAUUACUCUUAUCUUAGAGUUUACUCAUCUUCUCACUGAGAAACUGCUACAUGUAUUUAAAGCCACAUAGUGCAUUUGUUAUCCUGACAUGGUUUAUUUAGUAUUUUUCUAUUAGCAGAAAAGGGUACUGGACUCGACGAUAGUCCCAAUAUUUUCCAUAAAAGACGCAAGUACUUUAUUUCCACUCAAGGGCCUUAUUAGCACAGGUCUGGCUCAGAUGUAUGGAGAUAUAUACACAUACACACUUUCACUUGUCUGUGUUCUUUAGGCUACAGUCAGGGCCGUAACCAAGGUUUUUGUGAGGUCUGGAUUUUUUCUGAGGGGGUGGGCGUUGAAGCUCAUUUACUGCAUUUCUGUACAAUUUAAAAAAAGCUAUUUGUAGAACAGCAAAACAAGCAAAAAUGACCACCGCCAUUAUCACCUUGGCUGCUGUAGGUUCAUUCAUUCAUUCACCUCAGUCGAUCUACAAACGUAUAUUAGCUAUACAAUUGUAAUGUUAUAUCCCUGAAAGGGGGGGUGAAAUAGGAGGAAUGAUUCAAACUGACACACAGCAUCGGUGACUGUUGAGUCAGUUGUAAUGAUGAAUUGCAGAAAAUCACAUUUUUACUUCUCUUUUCUCAAAUUACAUAGCAUUAACGUUUGUAUCCCUAGGCAUUACUAAUCAAGCUCUGCACAAACACAUCAAAGGAGCACACAGAUCAUAUCACAUGCACAUGAAUUAUUAGAAUAUUAUGAUUCUGUAUGAAUAUCCAGUGAUGUAGUGGUAAAAAAAAAUGUGGGUAAUGGGUAAACUAUAAACUCCAGGGGUAAACAGUUACCAAUAUAAAUGAAAACGUAUGUCAUUUUUAGUGUACUGUAUUGUUUGCAAUUCGAAUGUAAUGUCGGCCUAGGCCUGUAGGGAAGAUGGGCCAUGUGGAGAUGUUAAUAUUGAAACAUAUAUAUUUUAAGUUCCUAACCUGUUUAAAAGAUUAGUACAGAUUUUCUCAGGGGGGCCCAGACCCAAGUUUGGGAACCACUCCUCUGCUUCCAUUGCAGCCUGCCUCAACCUUAACACUUGAGUGCCACAUCACUGUCUGUUUCAGUAGCCUACUCUCUGUAAAGCAACGUUAUUGUGAGAUCUUAACCUAUUUUGUUGUUUUGCUCCUGUUGAGGUCGGCUUCGUUUAACAUUAGCUUCAUCCUUCUAGCUGGCCCUCGGCCUGUGCCACGAGAGGGCAAAGUUAGCCGUUUGAGAGCGUGGUGAAUGUGCUGCUAAAAAGGAAAAUCCGGGGAGGCAAAUCCAGGGGACGCAGGCGAACAUAAUGAACAAACCACUGUUCCUGAUGCCGGCUUCUUUGCGAAUGAGUGGAGUGAUUUUAAAACAGCCAGAUCAAGAAUGUAAGCGUUCUGAAUAUUGCUUUCAGCAUUGAUCAAAGCUCAGAUCCAUAAUAGAUUAUUAUUUUUAUUAGAAAGAAAAUGAGAGGUCCGGACCGCUGUGUCAUGCAGUUACGGCCCUGGUUACAGUGACUGACCACACACACGAUGCCCCCUGUUACAGUGACUGACCACACACACGAUGCCCCCUGUUAGUGACUGACCACACACGAUGCCCCCUGUUUACAGUGACUGACCACACACACACACGAUGCCCCCUGUUUACAGUGACUGACCACACACACACACGAUGCCCCCUGUUUACAGUGACUGACCACACACACACACGAUGCCCCCUGUUUACAGUGACUGACCACACACACACACGAUGCCCCCUGUUACAGUGACUGACCACACACACGAUGCCCCCUGUUACAGUGGCUGACCACACACACGAUGCCCCCUGUUACAGUGGCUGACCACACACACGAUGCCCCCUGUUGCAGUGACUGACCACACACACACGAUGCCCCCUGUUGCAGUGACUCCACUAAUCCACCAGUAAGUGUGGUGGGUGACACACAGGGCUGGGGUGACGUUAGGGGUUCCAGUAACCGGACCCCCCCCCCCCCAAGGUGCAACAUACACACACCUCUGCCAGCCCCUAACUUCCCUGGUUACGCACCGCUGGACCCCUCCCAUUGCCAAGCAUGUAGGCUGGCUGUAGUGAGGGAGAGAUCGCAGAGGAGUGAGCGUCUAUUCUCAGCCUAAACUGGGAUCCACAAGAACCAGUUCAGAGAGGUUUUCAGGAUAUGACAGUAAGGCACAAGUAAGGUCAAAUACGUUGUCUAAUAUGUUGCUUGGAAUCCGUGCGCCAUUUAACAGAGGAGUGAUCAAUUUACCAUCCUAACUGAAAGACUGCUGUAGGUUUUCCUCUAAUUUUAUUUCAUUUCAGUAUUUUGACUUGUGUGCCAUGCCUUUAAAAAAUAUAUAUAUAUCCCUAUCUCUAAAAAAAAAAAAUGUACCCUCCUGUCUCCCUUCUGAAAGGCUGGAAGCAGUGAGUUCUGCUAGAGUACUGUUGUGUAUUUUUCUGUGCAAUCUCUGUCAGCCUUUUACAUAGUUAACCCUCUCUAUGGGUGUAGGUGGGAGGAAUGGGGGGGGGCAGAGGGAGAUGAUGUUAGUGGCACUAUCGAUUGCGUGACUGGAGUGUUCAUUUUAUUCGCUCGCCUGAUUUAUUCCCUCGCUUCCUUCCCCCUCUUUCCCUUCCCUCUUUUUCUAGAUCCCUUAGUCAUUUGAUAUGAUGACUGAACCAAAAUGUCAGUGAGAAGAAAAGAAAAGAGCUUGAUGCUUGUUAGGAAAGGGGGGAUUAGAAGGGCUCAAAAGUAUCAUGGUACGUCUUGUCGGUGUGUUAACUAAUGUAUGAAGAUGAUGAUGAUGAUGAUAUAUUUGUUGGUGCAGAAUAAUGGACUGUGGAAAAGUUUGACACCCACCCGAGAAAAAAACAAACAACUUUCAACAACCCGUCAGAUCCCAUUUGGUACAACCAAUGUCUUGUAUGGUACUGUUGCGGUGCACAGAACUUACUGUAUGUUAUGGAAAAUGAACCGUUACUGUACCGACCCAAGGCUGAAACCAUAGAACUAGAAUCCUCAUCAUUCUAAUUCUGUGGUUGGAACACAUUUUAAAGGCUGUACUGUUUUGUUUUUUGGGUUACGCUGCAGCGCUUUUCAGCUGUUAGAUUUGAACAAUCCAAAAACUUUAUUUGGCAAGACUUUCUGUGAUUUUUAAGAAGUCUUACUUAAUCAAUUAAAUAAAUAAAAAAUAGGCUUGAUUAUCGAUACUCAUAUCAGCCUUGUUCAGUUCUGUACUAUUUGGUGAAUGAUGAUUCUACUUUGAUCUGUUGAUAUAUUAUAGGCCAAUAUGGUCGGGUCCCACACUUCUUACUCUCAAUGUAUUGGACAUGCAUUCUCAGUAGUGUGCUACUAUUGUGCAUACUAAGUAGUAUGCUAGUGUGGAUGUUGGAACGGAGCUGUAGAGUUGAGUAAACAAUAAUAACAAACCCUUUUUUAGGAAAUAAUGAGGGGAAAUUCUAAUAACUACAUAAUAUAUUACAGAGGAACUACACGGUACUGCAUAAAUAAAUGUGCAACAGUAUUUUAUUUUUGUUUAUCUACUUCAUAGAAAGAGCAGAAGUUAAAUCUCCAUAGUUUUUUGGGUGUUGUGUUGAUACUUUUGAUUGAACACUUAAAGACGGGGGUUUAAAAUCAUUUUUAAGCUAAAUGGAGACUGGGAUAAACUUGUUUUCAAGAGUAUGACGAUGUAGACACCUUAGCAGUUUUGUAAAAAAAACAAAAAUAAAAAAUAACCUCUGCCUGUGUUUUUGUAACUUACUAUUUUAUUUGCUGCUGUGUAGUAUUACAAAAUAACCCGUUUGAAUGCUGUUGAUCUGAUGGCAACCAUGACGAUGUCAUUUUCAUUGCUACCUGUGUUUUCUUUCAGAAUUGAAUGGCAUUGUCAUUUAGCUUUAUGGAACAGACAGUUCUUCAUACGGUGGAGGUGUUAAUCCUCAUAUGUGCAUUAUAUUUCUCUGCAACGUAUGUCCUUAAGGGGGGGGAAGGUGUUAAAACAACAAAGAGAAAUUAUUUAAAUAUGAUAGUAUUUUUUUCAUGUUAAUUGCACCUCUUUUUUCUUUUUUUUUUCUCUCUCACUUCAGGGGAGAUGGGGUGAAGUCCUAGUGGAGGAAUUUGGAGCAUAGUGUUUAUAUUUAUCCAACUUUUUUGCUUUCAAUAGAGCUAUUGCAAUAAAAGUGUUAAUGUACAUCUUA